GUGUUAUAUUUUUCAAUUGUUCAUUAAUUUAAAUGGAUUUUGACGGUGCAAAAGAGAAUAUUCAGCCAUUAAGAGGUGGUAGACGUGCUGAUCGUUUAGAGACAGUGUUGGGAGGUGAAAAGGACUUGCUAGAACACGAAAGAAAAGAAUUUGAGAAUGCUAUUGAAACAUACAAUGGACAUGAUCCACUGGAUAAUUGGUAUAAUUAUAUAUGCUGGAUUGAACAGUCAUAUCCAAAGAGUGGAAAUGAAAGUGGUCUACAUGAAGCAGUCUCUAAAUGUAUCCUUAAAUUCGAAAAUGAUAUGCGAUAUAGGCAAGAUCGAAGGCUCAUAAAACUUUUCAUCAAAUACAUCGAUACACAAGAUAAUCCUCAUGAGCUUUAUGAGCAAUUAUUCAAUAGUGGAUUUGGAACAAUGGUCGCUGACUUGUAUAUUGCUUGGAGUUAUUAUUAUGAUGCAGCCAAUGACUUUAAGAAGGCUGAAAAUAUUUUCCAACGGGGAUUAAAUGCUGGAGCACAACCAUUUGAUGAAUUGGCGCAAGCACAUCAAGCAUUUACAGUUUCUGUCACACAAAGAAUGCUUUACGACGACGACUCAUCAAAGCAGAAAUUUCGAGUAACAAUGGAUGAAAAGAGAAAUGCAUUGACUACUUUAAGAGCUUAUAAUAAGAAGUUUGUUGGUAGUGUUCGUCUUGGAAAUGCAAUUAAGAGUGACAAUCCAGGCAAAGUGCCUACAAAUGAAAAUGCAGGAAUUCAACAUCAACAACGAAUUGACAUUCUUAAAGAUGAUGCAGGACCUUCCAAUAAUUCUGAAGCAGUUUCAACAGACGUAAUUAGUAUUUUUAAUCUUGCUAAGAAAACUGAAAAUGUGCAUGAAGCAGGUCAAUGGAAUAAAGCAAAAUCAAGCAAGAAUAAUAAGCUAUUUAAUGAGAAAUCAAUUGGAAUUCAACCAGGUUUUUCUAUUAUGGAAGAUGAGGCACUUCCACCAAUAUCCUAUUCGAAAAAACUUUAUGAACAAGGAUGUAAUUUGCCACCAACAUUUGUCUCAACAAAUAAACCACAAAGUUCAUGGAAUAUUCCGAUUGUUAUAGAAGAAUCAACGGUACCAAACACCAUUCCAUGCUAUGAUAAGUUUCUGUUGUAUCCAUCAUUAGACAUUGAAAUCUCUUUAGAAGAAUCACGUGCAUAUCGGUGGUUCAAGUCUAAUGAUAAAAUGACAGCUCCAAUAAUUCAUCAGCAUUCAUCGGUUUUUGAAAAUACUUAUGAAAAUGGCUCUCGAAUAUUUCCAGGAUUUGUCAGUAAAAAUAUUAAGCAAGACAUCGCAAAGUAUGAACUUGAUUAUGACAUUAAUUGUAGAGAAUUUCAAUUCCCAAUUAAGAAAAUGAUAUCAAAGGAUAGAACAACUGAAUAUUCGAUUGAAGAAUUACUUGCUGAUAAAUUCAAACGUGGAGAAAUUAAGCUUGUCAGUAACGAUGAUUUUGAAGAGAGUUUAAUUGACGACAAUAUGGAUAUGACAAUAAUAGGAGAUCGACGACAAUCAGUUUAUGUUCCAUCAAGAAAAUCAUUCGUACCUCGAAAAUCAAUUUUGAGAAAGUCCGUAAUGCAGCCAAUAAAUGAAGAUGAUGCUAAGCACGAACCAGCUGUUAAAUCUAAUGAAAAUCAGCAUCGUGUCCGCUUUGAGGAACCGAUUUUUGAGGAAGAACCAGAAGUUGAUGAGAAGAAAAAUGCGCUUAAAAGGAAACUUGAAAUUUACGAGAAAGAGAAAAUAAAUUCAAAAGACCGAGAUUCAUCUCCAGAAAGUAAACGACUUAGUGCUGACGAAGAAUUCUUUAAAACUCCAGCACUGCCAAAAACUACAACCAAGCCUGUUUUUGAACUAGAUGAUAAUGAAACAUUCUCAACACAAAAUUUUAAUUUUUUUAUCAAGUCACAGUCUGUUAGCACACCGAUAACCAAAAAGUCUGUUCCACGACUUGUGCCUUUAACUCAAGAAAAUUCCCCACAAAGUUCUGAUUCACAAGGAUCAGAUUUACGUGAAUCAAGUCCUAUAGAAAAUACAAUGGCUUCUAAUAAUUUACAGAAACAGUUGUCUACAAUUGCAGAAGUUACAGAGACAUCAAAUUCAACAAAAUCUUCAGCAAGUCAUUUGAGCGCAGAAACAGAAAUAGAUUCUCAUAUGAAAACACCAGCCUUGACACCAUUUAAAGCUGUAGUAAGACCUGAUGAAUGUCCAAAGAAUCCACUGAAUAUUUUUAGAUUACCAGAGGAACCGACAGAAACAACUACUUUCAUUAAAGGAUUUAAUCUUCCUAAAUUAAAAGAUUUACGACAAACACCAAUGAAAAUGCCUUCAUUUAAAAUCUUUGAUGAAUCUUUAUCAUUUCCAUUGCCAACUGAAGAUAAUGCUAUUCCACUGCCGGACGAGUCACUUCAAGUUCCAGAUUUAACAAUUAAACUUCCAAAUGACUCGAUUAAAAUUACUCAAAGCAAAAAAAAAAUUGAAAUUCACGAAGACUCAAUUUUUGAAGUUCCAAAUCUGUCUGAUACAAUUACAAAUGUCGAUAAAUCUGUACAGCUUGCUCGAACACUAUCUGACGAAACUCCAGAGACACAAGAUAUAUCAAUGAAACAACCUGAGCAUGUUGAAAUUCCAGCUACACAGGAUAUCACGCUUAAGCCACAAGAUGACCUGGAUGUUCCAUCAUUCUCAGAUUCGACAUUGAAAAAGCUCAAAGAGUUUGAUCUUACAAAUGAAAAGUCUAUUAAGGAACAAAUCUCAAAACGUGAAGUGUCUAUGAAGAAAAGUGAGAGUAUUAAGGCACCAAAUCCCAAUAUUAAUGACAGCUUUGAAAUUCCUGAAUUAAUUGACAUUACUGUUAAGGACACUGAACAUUUUGAGAUCCCAGCGACACAGGAAUUAACAGAUGAUUUAAAAUCUCCACAAAUUCAAAAUUUGUCAAUUAAUGAAAAUGAACACGAAGAAUUCCCAGCUACACAAGAUAUGUCACCAGAGCAUGAAGAAAUUCUGACAACUCAAGAAGUUUCAAAUAAGCAAGGACGGUUAAUUUCCAUAUCAGGCAUUCAAGAUGCUUCAGCGCGAUCAACUGCAACUAAUAAGAUGCCGUUUUCUGUGUAUGAAGAUUCUAUAUGUGAGGUGCCACAAGUUGCACACAAACCAUCAAUAGUUCAGCCUUUAAAUCAAUCAACUGCCAAUAUGUCACGAAAGGAAAAUUUAAUAGUUCCACAAUUCAAACGAACCAAUUCAGACGAGUUCCUUGAUUUGUGCAAAAGUUCGCCACAAUUAAACUAUAAGCCAGCACAAGUCAUUGGGAAUCAACCGAGAAAUAUAAUCAGUGACUUACCGAAAAAUGAGAUUAGUGACCUGCCAAGAAAUGAAAUUAGCGACUUACUUAAAUUCUCAGAUGCUAAAUCGAAAUUGUCACUUGAAGCCACUUUCAAUGACUUGCAAAUUAAUAAGCCAUUCAAAAGUCCUAGUCCAACAAUGAAUAUUUUUGAAGCUGAUCUUAAUACUGAGAAAUUCAAUUUGCCACUUAAAUUCGGCAUUAAUUCAACCGUUAUUGGAGAUGUCACAAAGGUUGUUCCUGUCACAAAGAAACCAGAAUUCAAUGAAUUCUUAGAUUUGAGUAUUGAAAUGAAUGAAGACGAAUUUGAUCGUUUGGGAAAGAAUAAAUCACAAGCUGCUGAGAAAAAGCAAGAAGAUGUCUUCAAAAUGCCGAUUGUGCCUCCACCAAUACAGAAAACAGUCGAUCAGCCCCAAACCAGUAAACAACAAGAAAAGAAAAAUGAAUUUGAGAUUUUCCAGGAUGAUGAAGAAGAUGAUGAUUUAAGUAAAAGUAUUUACCAUAAUCUAAAAAAAGACCAGACAAUUGUCGAGUUUGAAGAUGUAGAAACUUGGGAAGAUGAAAAAAUGUGCAGCUUCAUAGGCGACGGUCCAAAUCGUUAUGAAUACACAAUCAUUCAGAAUUUCGAUGAAUCAUUGUCAUUUAAAUUAAGAGAUGCUAUUGUGAAGAGCAAAGGAAAUCCAUUUUCUAAAGAUGUUCGCACAUUGAUUCUUGAACAAUGCAAUUUCGAACAAUAUCUUGAAGAUCACAUUGAUUCCUGUUCUUUAUUAAAGAAUGUUCCUCAAUUAAAAACCGGAGGGACUUUACAGUGUGGAAAUGACAUGUAUAAAGUGGCUAAAAUUCUUGGAAAAGGUGGAUUUGGUUCAGUUUUUGAAGUGCGCAACAUGAAGAACAAUGAAUCGUAUGCAGCAAAGCAAGAAAAACCACCAAAUCUAUGGGAAUAUUAUAUUUUAAUCGAACUAGUCUCUCGAUUAAGUUCAAAGAACAUUAAUCACAUGAUUCCAGCUUAUAUGCAUGUCUACAAAGCUAUUGUUGCCAAUAAUGCUAGUGUCUUAAUCUCGGAAUAUUCUCCACAUGGAUCACUCAUUGAUGUUUGCAAUAAAAUUAAGCAAGGCACGAGUAAAAACGUUGAUGAAUAUAUUGGAAUGAUUUUUACAACACAGCUCUUGUCUAUUAUUGAUUAUCUCCAUUCAUGUCACAUCAUUCAUGCUGAUAUUAAGCCUGACAAUUUUGUUUUGAUGUCCAAAAUUGCUAUUGGAAUGAAAGUUCCAUCACUGCAGCUAAUAGAUUUUGGAUCUGCAAUUGACAUGGAUAGCUUCGAUAAAGAUGAUGAGUUCACUUAUGUCGUGAAAACAGACAAUUUUACAUGCUGUGAGAUGCUUGAGAAUCGGCCAUGGACAUAUCAGACAGAUCUUUUUGGUAUUUGUGGGACAGCUCAUGUGAUUCUAUUUGGAAAGUAUAUGGAAGUUGAAAAGAAGUCAAGCAAUUGGCAAAUUAAGACAAGAUUCCCAAGAUACUUCCAGAAAGAUAUUUGGGAUAUAUUCUUCAAUACUUUACUUAAUGUUCCAGACUGUAAGACUAUGCCGAAUCUUCAAACGUUGAAGCAGCACUUUGAUGAAGAAAUCUCAUACAGACAAAAGUAUAUAUCAGAUAAAGUGGCUGAAUUUAAUAAUGCUCUGCUUAGUUAGAGCCUGUCGCUAUAAAAUAUGAUG